GCGCGCUCAGGUCUGUGUGCAGGUCUAUAACUAUUAUUAUUGCUGUUCCGUGUUUUCGCGCAGACUCCGUGUUUAUUCUCCUCAGAAACACAACAUCCGACAGUUAAACUUUAGAUUAAAUGAGGUGUAACACACCGGCGCUGGUCCAGACUGUUUCCUGAGGUAAUUGUUGAAGUAAUCCGGCGGGACUUGUGACGGGAGUUGUGUCCUGAAGCUCACAGCGCGGAUGGAGUUCUCCUCAUAAACUCCUCCAUCAUCACCGCUCGAGUCCCUUCUGACAGGAACGUUAUGGGGAAAUGGCAGCUGACUCUGGACCCAGUACAGGAAUGGGGAGAGGAGGUUGAGGAUGGCGUGGUGUAUGGUGUGACCCUCCACAGGGAGCCUGCGAACGCCCUCCCCUCUGACCUGGUGGGCGUGGCCUGUGUGCAGUACCGCACGCUGAAGGUACGCAGGGUGAAGGUGGCCACGCUGGAGCACCUGAUCACUGAGCUGCUGAACCCCACGUGUAACGAACACGACUACGCCCGAAUCUUCCUCUCCACCUACAGAGCCUUCACCUGCACCAACACACUCAUCGAGAUGCUGUUUCAGAGGGAAGACAAAAUCAUCAACUUGGACAAAAGUGUAUGUGUGAGGAGUUCUCUCCCAGGGUUGGUGCGGUUGUGGUUGGAGGAGUUCUCUGAGGACCUGAGAGACUCUCCUCUCUACUCCUCGCUCCGUUUCCUCUCCCUCCACCUGCGGCACCGCCUGUGUUUCAGACGCCUCGCUCAGCAGGCUGACGCACUUCUACACACGUUUCAGGAGGAAGACAGGUGUGCUGAGAUCAGGUCAGAGGUCACACAGGUUUCUGGAGAUGAAACAGGAAGUGUCCUAACCUGCCCCGCCCAGGACAUCGCAGAGGAGCUCACUCGACUGGACGCUGCGCUGUUUGUGCGCGUGGUUCCGUUCCACUGUCUCGGCUGCAUUUGGUCUCAGAGGGAUAAGAAGGAGAACCGGAGUUUAGCGCCCAGUGUGAGGGCCACCAUCGCCCAGUUCAACUCCGUCACUAACUGGGUCAUCACCUCGCUGCUCUGCCCGACCUCAUCACACACCGACUCACACACUCCACUGUCAUCCAUAUCACCCAGACUGCACCCCCGUGGCCAGCACACAAGCCCCGCCCACCGCGCCCGCAUCAUCGAGAAGUGGAUCUCUGUGGCUCAGGAGUGCUAUCAGCUGAGGAACUUCUCGUCUCUGCGUGCGAUCCUGUCGGCUCUGCAGUCUAACGCUGUGUAUCGUCUGAAAAAGACCUGGGCUACAGUCAGCAAAGAGAGUCUGUCCACCUUUGACCACCUGUGUGAGAGCUUCCCUGAUGAAAACUGCGUUCUGUCAAACAAACAGAUCUUGGAGGACAGUAAUGAGCACGAUGAGGAGACAUCCUGUGCAGCACCCCGAUCCCCUAAACUCAGCCCCUCCUCCAGACACACGAGUUACACUGGAGGGGAGGUUCCAUAUUUGGGGACAUACCUGACUGUCUUGAACAUGUUGGACACAGCUCUACCAGACGCACUGGAGGGCAGACUAAUCAACUUUGAAAAACGAAGAAGAGAGUUUGAGGUUCUCUCUCAGAUCCGUCAGCUGCAGGUGUCCUGUUCUCUCUAUUGUCUCCCGUCUCACCCACACGUCUCCUCCUGGCUCAACAGCUGCUCACCCCUGUCUGACCAGCAGAGUUAUGACUUGUCCAGACAGUUGGAGCCCCCGGUGGAUUCGUGUCCUGGGUCACCGAGCUGGAGCCAUCGGCUCAUCAGCAAGAAACUCGGCUUGUUGCUGAGCAGCAGUGACAGCUCCAGGAAGAAAACGCACUCUGAUCAGAUAAGCGUUUCCUCGUCCGGCUCCAGCGGCUCUGAGACGGACGACUUCUCCUUCAUGCUCCGCCCCAAAUCUCAGUCUGGUUCGUGCCUGAACAUCUCAGCAGACUCAUCCGGGUCCUGUCCUGAUCCACGCUGCUCCUCCCCUGCUCACUCCUCGUCUCAGUCUGAUCUCUCCGGUCUCAGCCCUGAGGGUGUGUCUCCAUCCUCCCCCACCUCCCCCUCCCCCUCCCGGGCGGUGUACAAUAAGCAGAGUGACGGCUGCAUCAUCAGAGUGAGCAUGGCGCUCCACAGCGGCUCCGUCGUCUACAAGAGCAUCCUGAUAAACAGUCAGGAUAAGACGAGUCAGGUGAUACAGAGAGCUCUGGAAAAACACAACAUGGAGAAUUUGAGCUGUAACGACUUCACACUCACACAGAUCCUAAACAAUGAUAAAGAGCUGCUGAUUCCUGAUAAAGCGAAUGUCUUCUACGCGAUGUGUCCCUCAGACAGUUACGACUUUGUCCUGCGUGUGCGCUGGAGGACUCAUACCCUGAGCCCGAGUCCCGCUGUCCUGCGCAGCGCUGACAAGUAACCAUGUGACCUGCAGGACUCUGUGUGUGUGUGGAGAUAUUGAGUGAUGGACGCGCACAAUAAUAAUCACAACAAUCGGAUACCUAUGUGAUAAUAAUCACAACCUGCUCGUUUUGUAAUAUGUUUAUAUUUAAAUGUUUCUAAAGCUAAAGACAUUUUCUGUAUGUUUCUCAUCAGAGGCUCAUGUGUCUCGUGCAUUAAUUUGUACAGUGUAAAUAUUUAUUUAAAUAAUUUUGUGGCGAAUGAUGCAGUCUGUUGAUUUUAAUUGUUUUAUUUAUUCAAUGAGGGGAACACUGAUUCAGACUCUGUGUCUGCUCCUCUCUGUGAGUGGAGAGCUCCCCCUGGUGAAGUGGGCAGGAGUGUUCUGUAGACUGACAGACACAACACAGCCUUUAUACACAACCGUUUAUUUAACACGAUGUAAUGUCAUUAAAAAUCAGACACCGGAUCUCAUUAAAUUGUGGUUUUAAUGAA